AUCGCCACAGCCACUUAUACUUUUGCUUUGACUGCAGUGUCAUAUUAGCUACUGUAUCUGAUCUAGCCCAUUCAGAACUCGCAGAGAAAGGCUUCUGAACACAAACUGGGCGUGUAUCUAACGGUGAGGUCUGCGUCGAGCACUUUUGUCGAAAUUUCCUUUUGGAGUGCGCUUCGCUCGUGCUGUAGCCUAUGACUAGCACGCAAUAUCACAACAUACUUUCGUGUUGACUCAGCGGGUAUGCCACGCAGAAUUGGCAGAGACUGAGGCAUUUUUGUAUUCAAUUGUCUCCUUUAACAUGCGUCUGAACGAAAAAUACCUUUAAAUCAAUCUGGAUUCCCGUUACUUUGCAUAUCCUUUGUCAGGACGCUGCAGUUGUUCAGGCCGUGAUUCGUGGACUUGCUGAAGUAGACACGAUGGAAAAUGCGGGCCAAGAUGGGUCGAAAGACUCCGAGAAAAGCUCCGAGAAGACGGAUACGGCCCAGGCCGGGGGAGAUGCAGUCGAAAGCAGCCAAAUGGAGACGCCGAAGACUCCAGGGAUAAGCGCAACGGCCGUCCUCUGGACUUUCGGGAAAUGUCUGAGUGCUCUUCUGCCAGUUUAUCUUGCUGGUUAUUAUCGAAUAAGUACCAGUUUGGUAGCUUUCGGGCUUAUGGUCUAUUCCGGAUGGAAACAUACACGCGAAGCUAAAGAGGCUCGACUGAAAUCGGCCAUACAUUUGUUGGGAAACGAGCAGGAGUACACAUCAACGAAAGUAUUCAAAAGUAAACGGGAUCUUCCUGCGUGGGUCAACUUCCCUGAUGUUGAGAAGGUGGAAUGGCUGAACAAGGUACUACACCAGGCCUGGCCCUUUAUAGGCCAGUAUCUGGAGAAGCUGCUGAUCGAGACCAUAGCUCCAGCCGUCAGGGGCUCCAACGCACACCUGCAGACCUUCAACUUCACCAAGAUAGACAUGGGAGACAAGCCCAUGAAGGUUGUAGGGGUGAAGGCUCACACCGAAAAUGACAAAGGACAAGUUUUACUGGAUGUUUACAUUAGCUACGUUGGCAAUUGCGAGAUAAACGUGGAAGUGAAAAGGUACUUCUGCAAAGCCGGAGUGAAAGGAGUCCAGCUACACGGAAUGAUGCGUGUGAUUCUGGAGCCUCUGAUUGGAGACGUGCCCAUUGUGGGCGCGGUCACCAUGUUCUUCAUCCGCCGCCCCAAGUUGGAUAUUAACUGGACCGGCCUGACCAAUCUGCUGGACAUUCCUGGACUCAAUGUGAUGUCUGACUCUAUGAUCAUGGACAUCAUCGCCUCCUUCCUGGUCCUCCCCAAUCGCCUGACUGUUCCCCUCGUUCCCGAUCUGCACGUUGCCCAGCUACGCAGUCCUCUGCCCAGGGGCGUGGUGCGUAUCCACCUGCUGGAGGGGGCAGACCUGGCCUCCAAGGAUAACUAUGUGGCGGGCAUCAUCUCGGGCAUGUCGGACCCCUACGCCAUCCUGCGGGUGGGGCCCCAGUCCUUCACCUCCAAGCACCUCGACAACACGCUGAACCCCAAAUGGGGAGAGAUAUACGAGGUGAUUGUCCAUGAAGUGCCUGGUCAGGAGCUGGAGGUGGAGGUGUAUGAUAAAGACCCGGACCAGGACGACUUCCUGGGAAGGACCAAGAUGGAUCUGGGCAUCGUCAAGAAGUCCAAAGUUGUGGAUGAAUGGUUCCCUUUGAAGGAGGCCAAGACGGGCCGCGUGCAUCUCAGGCUGGAGUGGCUCACCCUGCAAGACAACACGGAAAAGCUGGACGAGGUUAUCCAGAGGAACUCCGCGGUGACCUGCAAGACAGCGGACCCUCCCUCUGCGGCCAUCUUGGCCGUUUACUUGGAUAAAGCUGAGGCUCUUCCGAAGAAGAAAGGCAACAAGGACCCGAGUCCCAUGGUGCAGCUGUCUGUGCAGGACAUCACCAAGGAGAGCAGGACGGCCUGGGAGACGGUGAACCCAGAGUGGGAGGAUGCCUUCACUUUCUUCAUCCAGGACCCCAGUAAACAGGACAUCGAUAUACAGGUGAAGGACAAUGACCGUGUCCAAUCCCUGGGCAGCCUGACCAUCCCCUUGUCCCGCCUCCUGGCCCGCCCCCAGCUGAGUCUGGAUCAGUGGUUCCAGCUGGAGAACUCGGGCCCCGCCAGCCGCAUCUACAUCAACACGGUCCUGAGAGUUCUGUGGAUUGAUGCAGUGCACCUGGAGAAGCCUCUCAGCUCCAGCGACUCCACCGGCACUCACGCAGUCGCAAGACCGCAGCGCACAACACCCAAUCCCAACUUCGCCACAGAGGGGGUGCUGAGGAUCCAUCUGGUGGCAGGCCAGAGUCUGGUGGCCAAGGACAAGGUGAUGGGGCUGAUGAAGGGCAAGAGUGACCCCUACGCCAAGGUCAGCAUCGGGGGCAAGACCUUCAAGAGCCAGGUCAUCGAGAAGAACCUCAACCCCACCUGGAACGAGAUGUAUGAGGUGGUCCUGACUGAGCUGCUAGGGCAGGAGCUUCUUCUGGAGGUCUUUGACAAGGACAUGGACGAAGACGACUUCAUGGGCAGGUUGAAGAUCAAGCUGAGUGACCUUAUCACAACCCAGUAUACAGACGAGUGGUUUGCUCUGAGCGAUGUGAAAUCAGGCCGUGUUCAUCUGGUUCUGGAAUGGCUUGCCGCAGGCUCAGAGUCAGAUGUGGAUCAGGUGCUGCAGUACCAGGCUAAGCAGACGUUCCAGAACAGGACUAUUCCUUCAGCUGCUCUGCUCUACGUCUAUCUCCAACAGGGUCACGACCUCCCACACAAGAAAAGUGGUAAAGAAGCUAAGGCAGCAGUGGAACUCGUUGUCGGAGGAACUUCGCACAAAACCAAGGUGUGUGAAAGGUCGUCCUCUCCUCACUGGGAUCAGUCCUUUUACUUCCUGGUUCGCGACCCCCAUGAGGAAAUGCUCCAGGUCAAGCUCUCCAGUAACUGGGAGCAGGCUCUGGGUUCCCUGGUGUUCCCGGUGCGGGAGCUGCUGUCGGAGCAGGACCUGACUGUGGACCAGUGGCUCAGUCUGGACAACGCCCCCGCCAGCCAGCUGCUCAUCCGCGCCCAGCUCAAGAUCCUGUGCCCCAAGAUGGCGGUGAGGGUUGGAGAUAAGAAGGAGCCAAAGAGGGUGUCUGAGAGCGCCGUUCCCGAGAAACUGCCCGAGGAGGAGAAGCAUCAGGGCUCUGGGGAUGCCAAAAUCGCACCCAUCAGUGAACCAGUCUCUGCACCACCAGCGGUGACAGCGCCAGAGGAGCUGUCUGCCAUCGAUGUCCCCUCUGAGCGUGACCUUGAGGUCAGCCAAGCAGUUGACCUCCGACCUCAACAGACGACCCCGAGCCCCGGCUUUGGAAAGGAGGGUGUGCUGCGUAUUCACCUGAGGGAGGCGCGCAACCUGGUGGCCAAGGACAAGGUCAUGGGGAUGGGUAAGGGUAACAGUGACCCCUACGCCAAGAUCCAGGUGGGGGACACCACCUUCAAGAGCCAGGUCAUCAAGAAGAACCUCAACCCCACCUGGAACGAGAUGUAUGAGCUGGUUCUGGCUGAGGACGCCUGUAAGGAACUGCUGUGUGAACUCUAUGACAAAGACAUGGACAAGGACGAUUUCCUCGGGAGGGUGAAGAUCAACAUGGGUGAUGUUGUACGGGCUGGGUACACAGACGAGUGGUUCACCCUCAGUGACGUCAAGACAGGCCGAGUCCAUCUGACUGUGGAGUGGAUGUCAGCUGCCACCCAGUCUGAGGGACUGUACAAGGUGCUGCAUCUGCAGUCCCAGCUGAGCUACCAGAACAAGGCCGUGCCCUCAGCUGCUCUGCUCUUCCUCUACCUGGACAGGGCCCACUCUCUACCUUUGAAGAAGAGCGGAAAAGAACCCAAACCAGCGGCAGAGCUCCUCAUGGGGGGAGCAUCCAGGAAAUCGAAAGUGAUCUUUGAGCGUUCCACUGCUCCACAAUGGGAGCAAGGUUUCCACUUCCUGGUGCGGGAUCCCAGAGAAGAAACUCUCAUUAUCAAGCUGUCGAGUAACUGGGAGCAGGCUAUUGGUUCUCUGGUGUUGCCUGUCAGGGAGCUGUUGUCUCAGCCAGAGCUGGUCCUGGAUCAGUGGUUCAGGCUGGAUGGGGCCUCGGAUGACACUCAGAUACUGCUGAGGGCUGAACUCAAGAUCCUGGAGUCCCAGCAGGGAGGUAUGGCCCCAGCCCCAGCCCCAGCCGCAGCUCCAGAGCAGGUUAUGGGGGGUGAGGAGGAGGAAGAGGAGGAAGAGGAAGAGGAGUUUCCAGGCGGUUCAGCGGAGCCAGCGGUGGCGGUCAUUACAGCUGGUGAUGAAGAGCAUCAUGGACUGCCAGUGGAGAGUGAGCCCGAGGUGGCCUCUUUACAAAGUGAACCAGAGGAGGAGGAGCCAGCCAGUAAUUAUGGCGUCCGUGAGCCAGCCAGUAACUAUGGCCUCCAGAAGCCAGCCAGUAACUAUGGCCUCCAGAAGCCAGAACCUGUACAGGCCCCUCCGCAACCACAGCAGGAGGAAGAUUUCGAGGUCCCGGACCCUUCAAGUAUGAUUGGCGGCUACAGUGAGGACUCUGCGCCAAUCACAGCACCACAGCCGACCGAUGCAGCCAAUGACGAGCCAGAACAGGAGGAGCCUGAGGAACCGUCAUAUGAGCCUCCCACCCCCAGUGCUCCCCCUGCUGCCCCUGUUGCCCCUGCUGCUGUCCCUGCUGCUCCAGAAGACGUGCCAGGCCCUCCUGCCCUCCACCCUCCACACUCCUCCACUCCUGCUGCCUUCGCCUCUGAGGGGGUGCUGCGUAUCCACCUGCUGGAGGCUCGGGAGCUGGUAGCCAAAGACAAAGUCAUGGGGAUGGGCAAAGGGAAGAGCGACCCCUACGUGAAGAUCUACAUCGGGGACGCCUCCUUCAAGAGCCACGUCAUCGAGAAGACCCUCAACCCCACUUGGAACGAGAUGUAUGAGUUGGUUUUGCAAGGUAGCUCCGGCCUGGAAGUGAAGUUCGAGGUCUUUGACAAGGACUUUGAUUCUGACGACUUCCUGGGAAGGCUAACCCUCAGGCUGAAAGACAUUGUAGUGUCCCAGUUCACAGACCAGUGGUACACCCUGAAGGACAUCAAGAGCGGCCAAGUCCACAUGGUGCUGGAGUGGCUGCCGCUGGCAACGAGUGCUGACCAUCUCGAACAGGUGCUGCAUCUGCAGUCCCAGCUGAGCUACCAGAACAAGGCCGUGCCCUCAGCUGCUCUGCUCUUCCUCUACCUGGACAGGGCCCACGCUCUACCUUUGAAGAAGAGUGGCAAGGAGCCAAAGCCUGCCGCCGAGCUGCUGUGUGGGGGAACAUCCUACAAGAGCAAGGUAUUAGAUCGCUCCACGUCUCCUCAGUGGAAGGAGGAGUUUCACUUCCUGGUUCAUGACCCCACGCAGGAUAUGGUCAUCAUAAAGCUGUCGAGUAACUGGGAGCAGGCUAUUGGUUCUCUGGUGUUGCCUGUCAGAGAGCUGUUGUCUCAUCCAGAGCUGGUCCUGGAUCAGUGGUUCAAGCUGGAUGGGGCCUCGGAUGACAGCCACCUGCUGCUGAGGGCUGAACUCAAGGUGUUGGAGUCUAAGCUGAUAGACCCGGCCGUGUGCGGGGGUUCUCUGCCCAGAGCGCCAGGGAGACGCAGUCGGCCAGGUGCAGAUUGAACUGGUUCAGAUCGACCUACUUUUCCAAAGGCGCGACAGCAUGGUUCGACCUGGGGGAAAGAUGGGAGACACAGAGUUCCAACCUUGCAGUAACCUGCGGAACCUUCAAAGAAAAAGAAAAAAGAAAAAACCCUUCUCCGAACUUCUUCCUCUUUGCGUACAAUCAGGGCACCUUAUACAAAUAUAUAUCCAACACUUUCCUUUGGUCCUUAUACUAAGCCACCUUGCUGCCACGUUUGUCCUUUUGAGUGUGUGUUUGUCUGUAUAUGUGUGGGUGGGUAUGUGCUAAAUCUAUAUGUUGUUCUUGUACUGUGUAUCGUACUAUCACGAAUAAGAUGUGUUUAUGUGGGUUGUUUACGGCAGUUGGUAGUAGAUGCCAGGGGGUCUGUAUCUCGAAAGCGUCUUUGCUAACGACGGUAGCGACUCAAUCCUCUUUCGACAGCGACGCUCACCACUAAAUCCAAUGGAAUGGUGUUACGUCUUGAGACGGUCUUAAGAGGGUAAGCAACGACAAGAAUCGAGAAAUAGACCCCAUUUUAGGUCGUAUACUAAUAUGACAGUUAGUGCUAAUAUCUUACAUGAAGGCUGCUUACUGUAAGUGUUAUGAGAUAUAUAUCGAGAAGGCGUGAAGUGUCUUAUCUGUUUAUAAUGAAGGUUGCAACGAUUCCUACACUGAGAGGAAUGUUCUCACCACAUAUCUCAGUAGAACAACACUGCAAGAGCAUAUCAGGAGCGUAUGUUUUCUGACAUAUUCUGUUCCCAAUUUGGAUUUCUCUCUUUUAAUUUGAUCACGAUUGUUUACUUGUGUAUGAAAUGCAUGAAGUAUUUUUUAUGGUUCAAGGACAAUAAAUGCUGUGCAUCAAGCCAGUCAUUUUAGGACUGAUAUAAAGGAGAACCUUGAUGGUUUAUCAAAAACCUCUAGUCCAUCUAUAGACAGGGGUCUGCUGAGGAGGAGAUGUUUAUGAUUUUAAAAAGAUUCCUGCGAUGCUGACAGGCCAUGUGCAUUUGGAAAUGUGGUUUUAAUAACCCUAGUAUUCCAGAGGAAUACUGUCAAAAGAAACUCUCGAGACUGCAUCUUUGAAGUAGUGAUAAUUUAUGCAAAUAUAUUAAUGUCAAAGAUAUACUAGAUGCCUUAAUUGCAAUCACAUAUUCUUCACCACUAACCAAAGCGAACGGCAUCCAAUGGCCUGAUUAACGUGGCAAUGUGCCCAGCCACUGUCUAAAUCCUCAACCAUCACUUUCACCAAAACGUCAUCAUUUGAUAAAACUCCACUGUAUCAGAAGCACUAUAUAGGGGCUAGUUGUGGUAGACUGGCUUAUAAUCAUUCAACAUCAAAUCCCUUUGUUCCAGGCAUGCCUGUUAAGUUUCUGCUGAUUGCAGAAGUGCUUCAGUUAUCAGAAACAAGGUGUGGAUUUAAUUUCGUUUGCACGACCAAAAUAAAGUGUGCCAUAGUACUGGCACACAGUAAUACCAGGCAAAACCUGCCAAUGGCCAAUCACUGUUAUAAUCACUAUCUUGCAUAACAGGUUGUCCUCAAUCGAGGGACAAUGGACCAAGUUUACAGUACAUAUCCAUACCGUCUGGUUCUCCCAACACAACAGGAUAUUCUGUCAAUUAGUUGCAUGGCUUUCAACUGAAGUGUUGCAGUGAGAAGCACUAACUUUCUCCAUUGAAUAGUUUUUUUGCACUGUUUUGUUACAUUUUCUAUUGCAGUACUUUGGAUUUGUUUUUAUUACUUGUAUUGGAUUCACUCUUUUAAAUGGAAAAUAUUUGCUUUUUAUGUUGCAUUUCAGGUCAUUAUUGCAAUAUGCUGCGCUUUGCCUUAUAAUCACCAGUUUGCCUUUAAAGUAUUUUGUCUAUGCAGUUCUUUUUUUUGUUAGUCACUGUAAGAGAUUUGCUUGUAUUUGGAAGCUUGUUCACCAAUUGAUUUGAUUUUGAACACAUGCUGAUCUGUGUACGCCAUAAAUAACAAUGCCACUGUAUCUAAUCAUUCAUUUGCCUAGGUGCCUGAAAAGCUUUAACCACAAAAGUGUUACAAAUAAAUUUGAACCACACACGUACACAAUGAAAUGAUCAAGCCGUUACUUUUUUUUUUUUUUUUGCACCUACAUAGCGUGUUGCUUGACAAUGAGGUCACAGUUCCUUUUAUGAAUAAAGUCUUGAUUGCCUUCCCUCUCGGCGAGGCGUAUGGAGUGGCACUCUUGUGUGUGAACACGUUUGACGCAUCACAUCAACACCUUUUGAAUGCAGCCCAUGGUGGUACUUUCACAUCAUUUUCUUUUCUCACCGAGCUAUAUAAAAUACAGUAACUCCGCCAAGCAUACUGUGAUGCAGAUACAGGGUGUUUGCGGAAGUGAGUGGGGGAUGUGUCGAAGAGAGAGAAGCAGAAAAACAAUAAACAGCUUGACAGUACAGGGGGUAUGAAAAGGCAGCAUUUUAUUGAAGGUGGCCAAGAAAACCUGAGAGGAAAAAUUCGUCAGAUUUUAAAUGUAUUUAUUCAUAAUCAGACAAGGCUUUUUCUUGUAUUGCACUGCAAUCAGCAAUGGAACACAGACAGUAAAAACAAUCUAUUCUCUUCCUGACAGUACAUGUAUGCGAUCUAUAGGCGCCUGAAAAGCACAAGAUCAAAUGUUGUCCAUCAGCAGGUAGUUCAUAUUACCCAUAAUACAACUGCAGGAGGGCAUCAUAGUCUUUGCUACGUACACACUUACACUGCACAGACAAAAAUGUGCAUUUUUUUUCUUUUCUUUUACAAAGACAAAGUUAUUGUCUGACGGGUUGAAUAUUUAGCGGUGAGGCGGCGGCGACCAUUUUGCCGUACUAUGGAUGUGCAUAAUGGUUGGUGCUUUGCAC